GCAGGUCAAUGGCGUGCGUGGUCAUAAAUUGAGUGUUUAUUUUAAAAAAUAAGGACAGAAUGGCGGGGAAAAAGUGGUCUUACAAAGAUUUGGAAAAUAUGACCUAUGAAGAGUACAGGAAUGUAUUUUUUGAGGACAUACCUUCAGGAAAUGAAUCGGAUGAUGAUCAAAAUGGGUCAGAUGAAGACGUGCAUUUUGCAGCACAAAAGCGGAACAACACCGUACGCGAUGGUGGUGCAGUACUUGCAAUGUCGAAUGCAGGAUUCGGAGUGCAAAGCCUUGUCGACUACACACAUAUAAUCACAGCUAUAGUACCUGCAGCAAAACUGGACUUCUUCCGCAACUCUUGUUUGCUACAUCUCGCAUUCUGA